ACUCUGCCAGUGCCAGAGGCAGGCGAGAAGGUGCUUGGAGCUGUCUGCAGAGCACACGAGCUCCCUGACAGCCAGGCGAGAGGGGACGGAGAGGAGGGACUGGCCGUCCUCCUUCUGCAGGGCAGGAGGGACAGCUGCAGCCGCGCUCGGCAGCCCCGCCGGUGGGCUCGCCGGGCAUCUUCACCCCGGGAUCUUGUAGGCGGCGGGUACUGGCCGAGCCCCCGCGACAUGGGGAAGUGACUCGCUGCUCCAGCAGGCUCGUCCGAGGAGAUCGGCUGCUCCCGUCUCCCUGGGCGCCCGCCUCGGACGGGACGGCGGGCUGCAGGAGGAUGGCAGCCCCGCGCUGAGCGCUGCGCCCUGCGCCCUCGCCACUCCGCCCGGGGGCAGACACCAUGCGGUGCCCCGCCGCGAGCGUCCUGCCUCUCGCGUUCGUCAUUUUCUGGGGACUCGGCGAUUCGCAGCGGGACUUUGCUGCGAGGUUUGAACCGAGCGCCUCUUACCGAGCUGAAGCCGGGAGCAGGGAGGCGCCGCGUCCGAGGCUGCGGAGCCAGGGCGCUCCCGUGCGACCCGCGGGCACGGCGCUCGCCCCGUCCCAGGCGCGGAGCCCCCCCGCGGAGCCGGGGCCCCUCACCGUGGACCGCGGCUCCGCCGCCGCCGCGGGGAGCCCGAGCAGAGGGCACGGCCGGAGGCAGCGUCCCCAUCGCGGACCGUCCGCCGCCCGGGGCCAAGCCAGCGACGGCGGGGGGGCUGCCGGCUCCCCCGGCCAGAGGCGGAGCGGGGACUCGUCCCGGCAGCGGCCCAGGAGCGCGCUCACGCCUCGAGUCGUGCCCCGGGCAAAGGAGCCGAGCGGCAGAGGGAGGCCGACGGGGCCGAAUGUCUGCGGGAAACAGUGUUGCUCGGGGUGGACCACGGCUCCAGGCACAAACCGGUGCAUCAAACCUGUCUGCGACCCUCCGUGCCAGAACAAGGGCUCCUGCAAUCGGCCCCAAGUCUGUAUCUGCCGCUCGGGCUUCCAGGGCUCCAGGUGUGAAGAAGUUGUUCCUGAGCAAGAAUACCAUCCUCCUGCUGCUGCUGCUGCCUUCCAGCCCCCUGCAAGCUCCUUCUGGAGGAGAACCAGCACUGCGGAGAGGGAAGCUUCCCCAAGAGCGGCUCAGGCACCUGUCCCACAGCGCUCACUGGCUGUGACUCAGAGCAGAAUUGGCUCUCCUGUCUCCCCCCAGCACACAGGGCCUUCACGGACUGUCCGGCGCUACCCAGACAGCAACGGUCACCUCACUUCUAACGCACUCCCCAGUGGGAAUGGAUAUGAACAGAGCAGCUCUGGACCUCACGCAGUUUCCCAGGAGCACAUGUUGUCUCCAAGGGGGGCCAAUCUGACGGAGAAGAUUAGGAAAAUAAAGAUUGUCUUCACACCCACCAUCUGCAAACAGACAUGCCGGAGUGGGCGCUGCUACAACAGCUGCGAGAAGGGAGACACCACCACUCUUUACAGCCAAGGAGGUCACAACCAUGAUCCCAAGUCUGGCUUCCGCAUCUAUUUCUGCCAGAUCCCCUGCCUGAAUGGAGGACGUUGUGUAGGCCGGGAUGAAUGCUGGUGUCCCUCUAAUUCCACGGGAAAGUUUUGCCACCUGCCGGCUUCCACUCUGGAAAAGAAGCAAGCGGGGAGAGUGCCAAAAACCGUGGCCAGUGGCUCUUUGAAGCACUCCACAUACACACUGCCCCUGUCCAACCAGCUGGCCUCCUUAAACCCUUCCCUGGUGAAUGUCCACAUCAACCACCCUCCAGAAGCUACUGUGCAGAUUCACCAGGUGGCCAGGGUGAGGGGUGACGCAGAGCUGUCAGAGGAGAACAGUGUGGAGGCAGCGGCGGUGCCUCAACUGGCUGCGGUGCCGUGGUACACCUACACCAAUGGGAAUGGCAACAACAUUGGCACAGAAAGCAGACAGCAGCAGAGACCUCCAGAUUUGAUGGGAAGGUGCUUUCGGGAGGCUCUCCAUGGACAGUGCGCUAACCCUCUGCCGGGGCUGACCAAGCUGGAGGACUGUUGUGGCAGCGUGGGGCUCUUCUGGGGAGUGGACAGGUGCCUAGCCUGCCCCCCUCGACCAGCACACCCGGUGAUUGAGAAUGGGCAGGUGGAGUGUCCCCAAGGAUAUAAAAGGCUGAAUGGGAGCCACUGUCAAGAUAUCAAUGAAUGCCUGAUGCAGGGCCUGUGCAAAGAUGCUGAGUGUGUGAACACCCGUGGUAGCUUCCGCUGCACCUGCAAACCUGGUACCAUGCUGGACCCAUCCCGCAGCCACUGUAUCUCGGACAAGGCAGUGUCCAUGGAGCAGGGGCUGUGUUAUCGCUCAGUAGCCGGAGGUGUGUGCUCCUUCCCCCUCUCCCAUCGAAUCACCCAGCAGAUCUGCUGCUGCAGCCGUGUUGGCAAGGGCUGGGGGAAGAACUGUGAGGAGUGCCCCAUGCCUGGUUCAGAAGCCUUCAAGGAGAUUUGCCCAGCAGGACAUGGCUACACCUACUCUAGCUCUGAUAUCCGCCUGUCCAUGAGAAAGGCAGAGGCAGAAGAGCUACCACUCAGCUUGGAAGAGCGAGGGGAAAGCAGCAACUGGACAUUAGACUGGGCAGGAAGAAGACAGCAACUGCAGGACGGCUUGCGUGGGAGCAUCCUGGAGGCAUUCCCCCAUCCUGGCACCUCAGCAGGAAAGGGUGAAGUUUCUCCUGCUGGGCAGGGCCCUGCUGAUGCCACCCCAGAGCCUGCCACACACACCGCAGAGAAAGAAGAGCCCCCGCACGCUCCCCCCACGCCUGGCACCACUCCCCACCAUGCUGAUGCAGCUCCAACGCAGAUGUCAGCACGAGGCUCAGGGACCAGCAGCUGUGCCUCUUCACCCCUCUCCUGUGGAGCAGGCUCUUGUGUGCUCACCCUGGAUGGGUACAGCUGCUUGUGUCACCCAGGCUAUCAGUUGCACCCAAACCACCUCAGCUGCAUUGAUGAAGAUGAAUGCCUGAAGGAUCCUUGUGCUGGAAAAGGUCACUGUAUCAAUAGUGUGGGCUCCUAUGUGUGCCUCUGCUACUCUGGGUACACCUUGAUCAUCUCGGAGAACAAGCAGACCUGUCAGGAUCAGGAUGAAUGUGACCAGCCCUCUGCAUGCCCCGGACAGCAAUGCGUCAACACCCCUGGCUCAUACCGCUGCGAGUGCAAGGAAGGCUUUGUCAUGAACCCCAGAGGACAAUGUGAAGAUAUCAAUGAAUGUACGGACCCCAGCCCUUGCCCCGAUGGGAAGUGUAUCAAUACCCUAGGAUCCUACAAGUGUGUUGGCUGUCCAGAUGGUUAUCGGCCCAGGAAUGGGAGAUGCCUUGAUGUGGAUGAGUGCCUUGUGGAGGGGAACUGUGCUCAUGGACAGUGUGUCAACCUGGAUGGCUCGUUCCGUUGUUCUUGCAACAAGGGCUACGAGGUCGCACUUGAUGGGAAGAGUUGCCAAGACAUUGACGAGUGUACAACUGAAGCUGCCUGUCCCUCGGGACUCUGCCUCAACACUGAGGGCUCCUAUUCCUGUGUGGCUUGUGAUUCUGGCUAUGCCGUCUCCAGAGAUGGCAGCAUAUGUGAAGAUGUGAACGAGUGUGAAGAUCCUGCUAUUCAGUGUGUGAGGGGAGAGUGCAGGAACACUCCAGGCUCCUAUCAGUGCCACUGCCAGGCUGGCUUCGAGCUCAUCAACGGCACCGUGUGUGAAGAUGUGAAUGAGUGCCUGAACAGUGAGAUCUGCAGCCCCAAUGGUGAGUGUCUCAACAGUCAUGGAUCCUACUUCUGCAUUUGUGCUUCUGGCUUCUCAAAUGCGGCUGGUGGAGUCAGCUGCCAAGAUGUAGAUGAAUGUGCAGACAAGUCCCGGUGCUUGCAAGGCCAGUGCCUGAACACAGAAGGCUCCUACAGGUGUCUGUGUGAGAAUGGGUUUAAGCAUUCCCAGGAGACUGAUGACUGCGUAGACGUGGAUGAGUGUAAAGAAUAUGGGGAUGCCAUCUGUGGCGCAUGGAGGUGCCAGAACAGCCUGGGCUCCUACCACUGUAUCAUGGGCUGCCAGCCCGGUUUCCACUGGACCCCCCUGGGUGACUGCAUUGACAUAGAUGAAUGUGCCAAUGAGACGCUGUGUGGGAACCAUGGCUUCUGUGAGAACUCGGAUGGCUCCUUCCGCUGCCUCUGUGACCGUGGCUACGAGAGCUCACCCUCCGGGCACUACUGCAUCGAUGUGAAUGAGUGUGAGCUGAUGGUUGCUGUGUGCGGGACUGCACUCUGCGAGAACGUGGAGGGAUCAUUCCUCUGCCUGUGCCCCAGUGACCAUGAGGAAUACAACACAGAGGCUGGGGAGUGCCAGCCACGAGCAGCCAUGGGUGAAAUGCAGCUAGGGCAGGAGCAUGGCAGCCCUAGCUGGAGUGAAAUACAGCUGGAGAGGUCACAGGGAGCUGCCAGGGCUGCACAAGGCCACUCAGGCAUGGAGGGCCCCGAGAGACGCACAGCCCAUCUCCCUGGCAGCAUGGAACGCAAGCAGUGUUACUACCACAUCAGUGAUGUUAGCCUGUGUGAUAGUGUCCUGGCCAAGAACAUCACCAAAGAAGAGUGCUGCUGCACUGUGGGGGCAGCCUGGGGUGACAACUGUGAGACCUACCCCUGCCCCAUCUUGGGCACAGUGGAGUAUGAAGAGAUCUGCCCUCUUGGGAAGGGUUAUGUUCCCCAGGAAGACUUGCUCUUAGGAGAAGUCUCUUUCACAGAUAUGGAUGAGUGUGAGACAUUCGGCUCUGAAUUCUGCCGCAAUGGACGGUGUUUGAACACGGUGCCGGGCUACAAGUGCUUCUGCCAUACAGGCUACAUCUAUGACUCUAGCAGGCUCGAAUGUGUUGAUCAGGACGAGUGUCAGAAUGAAGUGUACUGCAUCAACGGUGAGUGUCUGAACACAGCCGGCUCCUACCACUGCUUCUGCAGCCUCCCCCUUGUGCUGGAUGCAACCGGCAAUCGCUGCGUGAACCUCUCCAGCAGGGCAGAUGCCCCGGAUGAGUAUGAAAUCCACUUGGAUGUCUGCUGGCAGACUGUCUCCGACUACAUCUGCCAAGACCUGCUGCACGGGGAGCAGACAACGUACACAGAGUGCUGCUGUCGGCUCGGAGAAGCCUGGGGUCAGAACUGUGCGCUCUGCCCGCACAGGUCCUCCGCUGAUUUUUCUUUCUUGUGUAACGGGGCCAGCGAAGACGGUGAGAGAGAGGCUGAUCUCCGAGAAAGGCCUAGGUAUGAGUAUGGACCGAGCUUGGAAGAUUCCCACUAUGGCCUUACCAGUCCAGAUGUGGGACCCUAUUACAAUUACCUGGAGUCUGAGUAUGGAAACCCCGAUGCUGGUUCCCCUCGGAGAGAACCCAGCAACGAGUUUCAUGGCAGCCCUCUUCACCAUGGCCCAGUGCAGCCCCUGCCCCGCUACCUGCCCAGCCAAACUGGCCGCUAUGAGGGCUUCGAGGGGCUGCAGGCUGAAGAGUGUGGGAUUCUCAAUGGCUGCGAGAAUGGACGCUGCGUGCGCGUCAGGGAGGGCUACACCUGUGACUGCUUUGAUGGCUUCCAACUGGACAUGACCCGCAUGGCCUGCGUGGACAUUAACGAGUGCGAGGAGGUGAGCGGCCCUGAGCCCCUGUGCCGGGGUGGCACGUGCGAGAACACGGAGGGCUCCUACCGCUGCCGCUGCUUGCCAGGCUACAUGGCCCUGGCCCAGCCCCACCACUGUGUGCCCCAGACAGCCCAGAGCCCGGCGGCAGCAUAGCUCUAGGAGAGCUGCAGGUGAGGGUGCUCCCUUCCGGCACUCUGCUCUCGUACCUGGGACCCGGCAGCACGGAGAAGGGCCCCUGGGGCUCUGGUUGCUGCCAGGCCCGUCACUCUUGCCCCUCCAAAGCACACAGCUUCCCCGACACCUCUCUCCCGGUGGUGCCUGCGUGCGUACAGGCCAGGGCUGAGCUCCAGGCCCCUGCAGCCCCCGUCCUUCCUGGCCUGCUCACCGCCAGCUCCCGCUUCUGCCGCAGCGGAGCCCUCCCCAAGCUUGGGCCGCGGUCUCUGAGCACCCCUCGCGCUGCAUCCCGCCACAGUGGGUUGCAGAGCGCCUGCCCCUGCCACGCAGACCCUCGUCUCCUUCCCUCACUGCGCGGAGAAACGGUUCACCCCCCUCCCCAAGUGAGCACCACUGCUGCACUGACCCAGCACAAGCCUCACCCCACCGCCAGUGCUCACCCCCUCGCUCCCCAUGAAGCACCCUGCCCCAGGCCAGAGCAUGGUGGGGGUCAACCCCCAGCUUUCUGAAGCUGCUGCUUGAGACAUGGUCUGGAGGCCUGCCGGUCCCCCACAGCCCCCUCUCCCUGCAGCCAUCCCAGGCACAGCCUUACCCCUGCACUUUGCCUUUGUGCCUUGUGCUGUCUGAGCGGGUGGGAAGGAGGGCAGCUCCAGUUUAGUUUCUGUAAAGUUGUUGGUGACUUUUUUUUUUAAGCAAGUCUGCUGAGAACUUCUGUCAUGUUGUUAAAUAAAACAUUUAUUUUGGGCCCUGUGGCUCAAGACACUGGGGCUGGUCAGAA